UUUGAAGUUAUCAUUGGUGAUACAGAAAACAGGACAGUUCUGUGAUUUGGCAUACGAUAUGUAUCGAUUGUUCUCGUGGAAAGCCGAAUCAUCCGAAUUUACUUUUGAGUGUACUUCAUAAAGAAAGAAAAGGUUCAAAAUGGCGCCGUACUUGGCAGUUGUCUGUUGUACAAAAUAGGUUAUCGGGAAGUGCUGUAUGCGUCUGGAGUCGCAUAAUAAUUAACGAGAAACCGUAGGAAAUAUUAUGGUCGGUGCCAGAUAAGGUUCGUGUGCACGGUGCGUUAUAAUCUCCCGUAUAUUGAGUGCAUUCCUAAGAUAAUGGCCGAAAAUGUUAUCACAAGUAAUGACGAGCUCUUGAAAAACAUCAAGACUCUGCUCUGGGGUCCGACGGUCAAAGAGGAUGUUUUCAAGCGAUGGGCGCAAGGCUUCUCCUUCAGCGUAGAUGAACCUACUGCACUUGUACAGAGAGAAGGAGGGCCUUGCGCCGUAAUAGCUCCGGUUCAAGCAUUUAUUUUGAAGCAGUUGUUAUUGGAAGGUGAUGUCGUGACUUGGAAAGCCAUUGAAGCUAACAAGUGUGAUCAAUUACUUGUAAAAGCAAUGGUUGAAAUUAUUAAUCAAGCUGCUGAUACCUGGGACUCUAAGUAUUUAGUAGUGUAUACCAAUCACUCGAAUGUUCUUGCAUCUAAUAAAGAAGCUUCUGAUCCUAAGCCCACAGUGAAUUCAGUCGAAGAUACUAAUGAAAGUAACCAAACUAACAAGACACAAGUUACAGAACAAACAACAUUAUUAGACUCAGAAGUUUUUCAUUCUCAGCUAAGGAUAUUCACUACAAAUAGCAUUGAUGAUGUAGAGGACUUCUUCGCAAAGCGAAUUGGGAUCUUAAAAGAUCAAUAUGGCGUAUUGCUGUUACUUUACACUGUGAUGUGUACAAAGGGAAUUUCAGGAAUAUGCUCUGAAAUGUCAGAUCCCACGGAACCUAUGAUCGAUUCUACUUACGGAUAUGGUAGUCAAAGUUUGAUUAAUUUAAUGCUAACUGGUCGAGCAGUUAGUCAUGUUUGGGAUCAUGAUCAAGAUAUUGGUGGACUAAAAUUACGUGGUAUAGAUAAGCAAAAUACAGUGGGAUUUUUGGCUCUCCUGGAGCAUUUACGAUAUUGCGAAGUGGGAACAUUUCUGAAGUCGCCAUCGCAUUCUAUCUGGGUGUUGGGAUCAGAAACGCAUUUAACUGUGCUUUUCUCCACCGAAAAGCGACUGGUGAGUCCGGAGACGCCGGCGGAACAAGCACGAAGAAUCUUCAAACGUUUCGAUCCAGAAGGAAAUAACUUCAUCUCAGCAAAUCUACUACAGGAUGUAUUGGCAGAAUUAGGAUUGGUAGCCGAUGCAGAAUACGUUGAUAUAAUGAGAAAGAAAUUAGACAAUGAAAAUCUGGGAAUAAUACUUCUCGCGUCGUUCAUGGACGAAUUUUUCCCCGAAGAACGGUGCAUGUGUCCGGAUACGUUUGUCUUAUAUCACUACAACGGUCUGCAACGUAGCAAUCCAGAGAAUAGAGUGAAGUAUCACAAGGGACAAGCGGUACUACUUGAGUGCACCGUGAAGUGUAUCAUGGAUAGUAAUCCUAUGCUGACAGUCCUGCAGACAAAGUGGCCAAGGAUUGAGAUACAGUGGGACAUAGAACGAAAUCCUAGUUUAAAUUAGAAUUCACAAACUAUAAUAUAACAGACGAUGUAGAGUGACCUGAGCGAGCGCUUCUAUAGGAUAUCGUUGAGAAUUACCAUUUCAAAACCGUAGUCUAGUCAAAUCGGCCAUCUUCUGAUUCGGUGAACAUAAUGGUAUUGAGUAAAUAUACCUGCCAGUAAGCAACAACUAAUUAUUUUCACGGAAGUAUCUAGCAAUUUGUAAUGCAUAACGCAUAAUUGUUGAAGACUAAAUGUAUCCUAUGUCUAAAUAUUGUAUCGUGUCGAGCUUGUUCCCACAGAAAAGCGAGUCAAUUUAUUAUUUACACAAACUCUAAAAUUUGGUUGUGUGCAACGGAAUAUCUGUGUUUUCGAGCGCUUCUUAAAAUUUUUCGGCACAGUAGGAUUUGAUGGUGGUCGAUUACAAAUAACUUAUAAUUAUCUAAAAUCCCUUAACGAGGAUAUUAAUUUACUUAAUUGUUUAUACUUCAGUGAUCUUCCGUUGCAUUACGAUGGAAGAUUCCGGACUUUUUUUUAUUCGGCAAACUUAUUGUAUAUUAUAUGGUGAACAUAAAAUCUUACUAUAUAUAUAAAAUAUUACAAGACGCCAUUAUUUUAAAACUAUGCGUGUAUUGUUAUUUCACAAUUCUUGUCGAGUAGCUCACUACGCUUAAUGAAACAUGUCGAUAAAAAUAAUCGAAGUUAAGAACAAACAAUUCUUAACAAAAGCGCCUUUUCACACAAUUACUACAAACUUUAACCAUAUCUUUUGUCCGAUUACCAGAACAUAUUUAAAGACAACUAUAAAUCUGCUGAAAACUAAUGUGCGAAAUAAAAUACAAAGUUCUUUCAGGAUGUGGAUAUUUUUUACAAAAUAAAUUAUAUAAUUAUUUGGUCAA